CCUCUCAUCUCCCACCCGCGCCGCCACCCCCUCCGCCGCCGCCGGGCCCCUGCGCCCCGCGGACGCAUAGCUUCCCCUGCGCCCCGGCACCGUGGACGAACAGCCGCCCCUGCACCCCGGCCUUAUCCCCACCUGGCCCUCUGCCCCUCGCCUCCCCCUUUACCGGGGUCCGCGCACCAGCAUCCUUCGGCAGCCGUGGUCCCGCUGCCGCUCGCUUCGCCUACCGAUCCGUGUCCGUGCGAGACGCGGGAGGUAUUUGCGCCGGAGGCAGGCCAGGAUGUUCUCCGGCGACUGGACGCCGCCGUGCGGCAGCUGCUGCACCAAGAAGUACGCGAGCCUCGUGCAGAUCCCAUGGAGGGUGUUCUGCAAGAAGGGGUGCAACGCGGACGGCGACACCUGGGAUGAGUGCAUAGGAAAAUGUACUGAAAUAUGCUACAAAGAUCCGGUGUUAGAAGAUCGCCAGUGGAGCGCCUAUAUUGAUCGAUCUCCAGGGCAGGAUAGUUAUUUUAGGGCUGUUAGCAGCGCAUUGAAUGAUCUCUAAAUUUCAAUUUCUUAUUUGCAGAAAAUUCUUCAUACUAUGCAUAUAUAUGUUUGAGUUGCAAAUUAAGUGUGUAUAUGCAUCCAAUUUCUUAGUGUUUUAGUGAUUUAUUCUGAUAGUUAACACCGAGUUUCAGGCUGUGGAAAUGGUGAAUUCUUGCAUGGCUGAAAGGACAGAGAUGAAAAUUGAAGAAGGGAUUGAGAGGAGCAACGACAUGUGGAGAGGAGCAGAGCAUCUUGGCAAAUUCAUUUGUUGGGACCUAGAGUAGCUAAUGUGAUAUGAAGUUUAACUUGUAUGAAACUCAUGACUUUGUAUUUGAUGUGAUUUUAGAAGAAAACAUGACUUACUAUUUGUAUCGGUGUGCUGGAAUAAGUGCAGUAUAAUUUGA